GAAUAAAUCUUAUUUGAGAACAAUCUUGAGGACUGAUGUUGAAUGGUGUCCUACUCUUGAUAGUCUUCUCUUGUUAAUCUGAGUUCUGGAUUUAUUUGAGGUGACAGCCUCUGAAGAGGAAGCCCAGGUGUGAGGGACCCUAAGUCUAGUUAUGUUUUUCCUUUGUACUGCCCAGAACAGUCACUAUAGUAUGAGGCCAUUUCCCUUCCUCAGGGAGCCCAGAUGUGAGCAUAAUUGGCACUCUUGGCUGUAAUUUAGCUUGCAGUUCCAUUUCUAAACCUGCAAAGAUAAGCACAUGUUUGUCAGGCUGAGGAGCUUUUAGAUAGCAGACGGCUUUAAAAAAAUAGCAAUGCUUCUCUACUGGAUUGUUUGAGCUGCAGGAACAGCUGCUCUUCGGCCUUCAGUGACCUCAGAAACUAGAAAUACUUAUUUCAGGCUCUGUCCCAUUGGCCACUGUGGUCAAGAAUGGAAAGCACCUGCCAGGUGUGGCCUUGAGACUGACUGGGCUGACAAACUUCUACAAGCUUUGUGGCUUAAGAGUAGCCCCCUCCCACUUUUCCUUGGUUUUCAGCAGGUGUCGCGCGCCCCCUGGUGCAAAACUCGGUAAUGGAUAAACAAUGGGAGUGUAAACGCUCUGCGAGGCGCCAAUGCUUCCUAAUUUUUUCACAACCAUCCUUCUACAAGUAGCUACUGCACCUGCUUUACAAGAGAUAAAACAAGCUGACAAAAGAGCUGGACCGUGGGAUCAAGACAUGUCCCUGUGGCUAACUAGCACUGUGACCUUGAACCGGUCGCUUGCCCAGCGCGGAAGUUGAUCCCUGAAGUGUCUCCUCCCGUUCCAACACUGGGCCUUGGUGAAGGUUACGAGUGUUCAGCCGCGGCUGGAGCUGGGUUUCGAAACUUUAAGGCGUUCUUUACCGCUGCCUAAGUUGCCAGGGGAAGGCUGGGAGAGGUCCAAGGUGGGUCUCAGGCCUCAAUGUGCCGGGCGGAAGUGAGCUAUGGCGUCCGGGAAGGGUCUUUUCCUUACCAGGCGGGCUUCCCCGUUUGAGCCAAUCACCGCUUGAGCCCGCCCCUGUCACCGGAAGGAGGCGUUACCGGAGCAACUCCAACGACCGGCUCAGUUUGGCGGCGGGAAAGGCAAUGAGUAAAGGGCGAGCAGAAGCUGUGGCUGGAGCCGCCGGGAUCCUCCUGAGGUACCUCCAGGAACAGAACAGGCCCUACAGCGCCCAGGACGUGUUUGGGAACCUGCAGAGGGAACACGGACUAGGCAAGGCGGCGGUGGUGAAGGCGCUGGAGCAGCUGGCCCAACAAGGCAAGAUCAAAGAGAAGACCUAUGGCAAGCAGAAGAUCUAUUUUGCAGAUCAGAACCAAUUUGAUACGGUGAGUGAUGCUGACCUGCAAAGCCUUGAUGCCAAGAUUGUGGCCCUCACUGCCAAGGUGCAGAGCUUGCAGCAGAGCUGUCGCCACAUGGAGGCUGAGCUGAAGGAGUUAAGUAGUGCCCUGACCACACCGGAGAUGCAGAAAGAGAUUGAAAAGUUAAAGAAGGAGUGUGCUGUAUACACAGAAAGACUGAAGAACAUCAAAGCAGCUACCAACCAUGUGACUCCAGAAGAGAAAGAGCAGGUAUACAGAGAGAGGCAAAAGUACUGUAAGGAAUGGAGGAAGCGGAAGAGGAUGGCAACAGAGCUAUCUGAUGCAAUCCUUGAAGGGUACCCCAAGAAUAAGAAGCAAUUCUUCGUAAGUGGUACACUCUUUCUUAUCUGCUCCUCUGGAGUCUUUGCCCUGGGACAUCUCAUUUGCUUGUCUCCCUGGCCCACAGGAGGAAGUUGGGAUAGAGACAGAUGAAGAUUACAACGUCAAGCUCCCAGACCCCUGAGGCCCUCUGUUAGGACUGGGAGCUGGAAACACAGAUGUCCUAAACUGGCUACCUUGUUUAGGUUGGCUUUUGU